AUGGUUAAGAAGGACUGUCCAAAGUUAAAGGACCUAAAGAAUGAUGACAAGUUUGUGUCAGCCAGAGUUUUCGCUCUUACAAAGGGUGAGGCGAAAACCAGUAAUGCGGUGGUAACAGGUCAAAUUACUAUCUCCGGUAAACUGUGCAACGUAUUAUUCAAUUCAGGAGCUACGCAUUCCUUUAUCUCUGUGAAUAUGAAAGAUAGGUUAGAUAAACCUUACGAACUAUUUAGAGAUAAGUUUGUGACGAAAUUACCCUCGGGGGAAGUGAUGUUAUCUAGCAGAGGAGUGCACGACAUUGUAGUUAGAGUUGAAGGCAGAGAUUUACCAGUAGACUUAAUCAAACUAGACCUCAAGGAUUACGGCGUAAUAUUAGGAAUUGAUUCGUUGGCAAGGCACAGAGCGACAAUAGACUAUAAGAGUAAGAUAGUCAAUCUUAGAAUAGAAGGCAGAGGGUAG